GUUAAUACUAUUUGGCAUUCUACUUUCACUCAAAAAAAUAUAAAAUCAUAUUUUUGUUUCUUCGCAAAAACAGAAGACGCAACCUUAUAUUUAUUUAUUUAGGUUGUUUUUUUUUUUUUUUUUUUUUUGGCUUUUUCCUUCUCACCUCUAUUUCUUUCUCUCUCUAGUUUUCUAAAACACAACAGGUUAAUCUCAUGUUCAAAUUCAAACACAGAAGCUUCUUUGUUUCGAACAAUGAUAGGCUUCGUUUCUUCUCAGUUCCUUCUGCUACAUCCGUGGUGGAUUCCAUAACCCAACAUCAAAAUUGUCAACAAACUUCCUCAAAUCACAAUACCCACACAAGAGAAACACCAAACUCUCAAUUUUCACACUCCCUGACCUCAAAAUACUACAUUUCUACACUACUCAGCUGUAAAAGUCUUGGCCAAAUCAGACAAGUUCAUGCCCAAGUGGCUGUAAACGACAUGCUUCAAGACCUUAUCGUUGCAAACAAGCUUCUUUACGUAUAUACUCGGUAUAAAUAUUUAGAUGAUGCUUAUUCCUUGUUUUGUAGGAUGGAAGAGAGAGACUCAGUAUCUUGGAGUGUAAUGGUUGGUGGGUUUGCCAAGAUCGGUGAUUAUAUGAAUUGUUUUGGGACAUUUAGGGGGUAUAUUCGAUCCGGGAAGCAGCCCGAUAAUUAUACAUUGCCUUUUGUUAUAAGGGCUUGUAGGGACACAACGGACCUCCAAAUGGGCAGACUGAUUCAUCAAAUUGUUUACAAAUUUGGGUUGCAUUUGGAUAGAUUUGUGUCGGCCGCACUGGUGGACAUGUAUGCUAGAUGCCGUGUUAUUGAGGACGCGAGGCAAUUGUUCGAUAAAAUGCAAAAGAGGGACCUUGUAAGUUGGACGGUCAUGAUCGGGGCUUGUGCUGAGUGUGGGAAUGCUAGUGAGUCAUUCGUUAUUUUUGAUCGCAUGAGACAGGAAGGUGUUGCACUGGAUAAGGUUGCGAUGGUUACUGUUGUGAAUGCUUGUGCAAAAUUAGGUACUAUGCAUAAUGCCAGACUUGUACAUGAUUAUAUAUGGAGGAACAAGUUUUCCUUGGAUGUGAUACUGGGGACGGCAAUGAUUGACAUGUAUGCCAAGUGUGGUAGCGUUGAUUCUGCAAGGGAGAUCUUCGACAGAAUGAAAGAAAGGAAUGUUAUCUCGUGGAGUGCAAUGAUUGCAGCUUACGGGUACCAUGGACAAGGCCGUGAAGCUCUUGAUUUGUUCCCUAUGAUGUUAAGAAGUGGUGUCUUACCAAAUAGGAUCACUUUUGUUUCUUUGUUAAAUGCUUGUAGUCAUGCAGGCUUGGUUAAAGAGGGUCUUCAGUUUUUCAAUUCCAUGUGGGAAGAUUACUCUGUAAGCCCCAAUGUGAAACACUAUACUUGUAUGGUUGAUCUGUUGGGUCGUGCCGGUAGACUCGAUGAGGCCUUGGAUUUGAUUGAGGAUAUGAAAACUGUGGAGAAAGAUGCGGGGCUCUGGGGUGCAUUGCUUGGGGCAUGUAGGAUUCAUUGUCAUAUAGAGCUUGCAGAAAAGGCAGCGAAAUGCCUAGUUGAAUUACAGCCUCGAAACGCUGGCCACUAUGUAUUGCUUUCAAAUAUCUAUGCCAAGGCAGGUAGAUGGGAGGAUGUGGCUAAGACUAGGGAACUAAUGAUCCAUAGGAAAUUGAAGAAAAUUCCUGGUUGGACUUGGAUUGAGGUGGAUAACAUGAUCCAUCGAUUUAGUGUUGGAGACAGUACUCAUCCUCGGUCUAGAGAAAUUUAUGAGAUGUUGAAAAGUUUGAGUACGAAGGUUGAGUUGGCUGGUUAUAUUCCUGAUACAAAUUUUGUGUUACAUGAUGUGGAUGAGGAACUUAAGUUAGGAUUCUUAUACGCACAUAGUGAGAAAUUGGCAAUUGCAUUUGGCCUUAUCACCACACCCCCUGGGACUCCUAUCAGGAUUACUAAGAAUCUUAGGGUUUGUGGCGACUGUCACACGUUUAGUAAAUUUGUGUCUGCAAUUACACACAGGGUGAUUAUUGUCCGUGAUGCAAAUCGAUUUCAUCACUUCAAGGAAGGUGCUUGUUCUUGUGGGGAUUACUGGUAAUUCAGUUCUUCCAUUCAGGUUAUAUGAAUUAUGCUGGUGCUCCUUGCUAUUGAUCUUUUAUUG